GCAGCAGUUUUUCUCUACCUCCUCUGAUAGAGAAGAACAACUGCUCUUACACAUUAAGAAUCUUCCUACGCAAGAACAAAUAAUACAUUAAAAUCCCCAAAAAAAUACCCAAAAAUGGCUCGUCAACUUGUUGUUCUUGCUCUUGUUUUUGUUGCCGUAAGUGGCAUUGCCAUGGCUGAAGAGGCUCCAUCUGCAUCUCCAGAAUCAUCUCCAUCACCAACAUCAUCUCCAAAAUCAUCAUCUCAUUCACCAAAAUCAUCUCCAUCACCAACAUCAUCUUCAUCGUCACCAUCUUCAUCACCAAAGUCAUCUCCAUCACCAAAAUCAUCUUCAUCACCAGCAUCGUCUCCAUCUCCAAAAUCAUCUCCAUCACCAAAAUCAUCUCCUGCCCCAUCAACCGAGUCUCCUCUCUCAUCUCCUCCUUCACCUUCUCCAUCAUCCGAUGACACUAAAGUCGCAACCCCACCAGCUCCCGGCAGCAACCCCAUCGAGCUCUAUGCACCUGAACCCGCACCCUUUGACGCCUUCUCGCCCGAGGCCGACCCCGCCGACAUUGCCAACGGUGCCGCUUCUCGUCAAAUCUCUGCUGCCCUCGUUGCCACCGUUGCUGCUGCUGGCUUCUUUGCCUUCUAAGCUACUUUCUUAGUUGGCGUUGCACUUUAUAACUUGGGACAAUGUGUUGGGCAUGGUUCUAUAUCUUGAUUCAUUAGGUUAUGUUCAAUCAUUGGAUUAGUGCAGAUGGUUUGUUCUCAAGAACAUCAAAGUUUUAUUUACGCCUUCAAUGUCACUUCUAUGAACAAUUUUCUCUAAUCUAAAUGUUUCAAAAAUUUUCCUUUGUCUU